GAGGGGCUGAAGCUCACCCCCCGCCAUUAUGCCACCAUACACUGCCGCCCAGAAGCAGUACAUCACCCAGUUUGUCAACUUCACUCAGGCGAAGGAUGCAGCAGCCUCCAAGUUCCUACGAGCGCAUAAUUGGAAUGUUGAGGAAGCCAUCGAUGCAUAUUUCCAGAGCCCGCAAGGAUCUUCGGGGGUGACGGCAGCUAUCGGGAAGAUCUUCGAUGAAUACAGAGACUCACCAGAAGACAACCCGGACGGUAUUGGAAUCGAAGGGGCCAUCAGGUUUCUUGGAGAUAUCCAGGUACGGCUAGACGAAGUAGCAUGUCUGGGCAUUGCGGAACUACUUAACUCGCCAUCCAUGGGCGAAUUCACCCGGGAGGGUUUCGUCAAUGGAUGGAGAUCCGUGGGAUGUGACUCUGUACCCAAGAUGGUCUCGCACGCUGAGAGUCUCCGCCUUCGCAUUCCUGCAGAGCCAGAGGUCUUCCGCCGCGUGUACCGGUUUGCAUUUCCUCUGUGUCGGAUGCAAGGGCAGCGCAAUCUUCAGUUCGAUAUCGCAGCAGAGCAGUGGCAGCUAUUUUUCACACCGGAAAACGGGGGCGUGCAGUGGAACACGCCGACAACUCCCUGGCUGGACUGGUGGAUCACGUAUCUGGAUGAGAAGGGCAAGCGGCCCGUUAACAAGGAUCUGUGGGAACAGGUCGAGGUAUUUCUGCGCAAGACACGCGCCGACGAGAGCUUUAGUUGGUGGAGUCCCGACGGGGCGUGGCCCGGAGCGCUGGAUGAGUUUGUUAGCUGGGUGCAGGACAGGCGAGGCAAGCCUGGCACCGAGGCCAUGGAUGUCGAAUAAAUUAGCCAGUACAAAGCAUCCACUACACAAUACUUACCUUACUACCAGG